AUGAACCUGCUAGUAGUGAUAUAUCUUCUCAUUCCUCUUGCGUUGUGUCAAGACAAAUUAGACAAUCUGGCCUACAAAAAACUAACAUGGCAAACGUCCCAGAUAUAUUCCUCAGAAAAGGCAGUGGAUGGAUUGUACACAGACCGAUCGCCGGCUGGAAACCAGUGCGCCAUAUCCAAACCUUCCCCAACUAACGUCACAUGGUUGGUUGACCUCGGGGACCAAACCCUGUUUGAAAGCAGAUUCAGAAAUUUUUCUCUGUAUCUGUCAAACACAACCAUCAGAGAAGACGGGUUUAUGUGUUUUCACGAAAACGGAGAAGUAAACGGUUCCAACCUAAUACUGACAGUAGGUUGUGAAGGAACUGGACAAUUUGUGAUCUACCACAACAGCAGGGAAAGUAAAUCUCCAGGAGACGGGUUUUCAGAGGAAGCUUAUAUUGAGCUUUGCGAGGUUCAAGUGAUCGGUUGCCCCCUCAGUUUCUGGGGACAUGGCUGUUCCAAACAAUGUCCUAAAAACUGUCUUGAACACUGUAGAUAUUCCACAGGUGAAUGCAUUGGAAUCUGUUCACAAGGUUUUACCGGAAAAUCAUGUGAAAAUUAUGAACGAGUAAAUAUGGCUCUACAUCGCCCAACCUUUCAGUUGAAUACAGUUUCUGAAAGACACCCAAGUUCCAGACUUGUUGACGGUAAACAGAGUGAACUACAUAUAAACAACAACCAGUGUUCCUCAACAUGUAAUUACCAGUGUUAUGCUAUGUGGAGAGUGGAUUUACAGAACACCCGACGGAUUGAACGUAUUGUUGUUUACUCGAGAACGGAUAACGUGGAAUGGGGCGAAGAUAACGAUUUUGCACGAAAAUUGCUCGGAUUUUCUAUCAUCGUGUCCAACACCACCGAUCUCCGAGAUGGCGUUGUUUGUUAUGAUAAUACGGAUUACAACAUCAGUACAACUCCGUCGGUGGUGGAUAUAUUCUGUUCCGUCGUUGGACGUUAUGUUAUAUAUUACAAUGAACGACUACCAGGAGUCACAUACCCGGAACUCUACAGUCAGUACGCCUUUGCUGAUCUCUGUGAAGUGGAGGUUUACGGCUGUCCCGUUCCUGGGUAUGGACAUGAAGACUCUGCUUGCACAAUUCCUUGUUCUCAGAUGUGCAAAAACUAUCUGGAAAAUUUGAGCUACAUGAAACAAACUUGGCUGUCUUCGCCAUUUGACGGAAGUAGCGACAAGGCGGUUGAUGGUAGAUUCACCUCUCGAAGCAUAUCUGACCAACAAUGCACAAUAUCUCAGCCAAAUGCAACAAUCACGUGGUGGGUUAACCUUGGAAAAGUUUACAUGAUCGACCACAUCGUAAUGUAUUUUCGGACUGAAAACCUCGAAUGGGGUAUCAACAAUGGUUAUACGGCAGCCUUUCUUGGGUUUUCGCUUUACAUUUCGAACACCACCGAGAAGGAAGACGGAAUCCUAUGUCACCACGAUACAACAUACACAAGACAAACCAUUCCUGAUCACGUGUCUAUUGAGUGUCCCUACCAUGGACAAUACGUCAUCUUCUACAAUGAGCGACUACCUGGAGUCACCUAUCCUUCCGGUUAUUCUUCCAAGGCUUAUGGCGACCUCUGUGAAGUAGAGGUAUAUGGUUGUCCCAGUCCUGUGGCGGACAUUUCCCAGUGUUCAAAUCCAUGCCCUGAGAAUUGCGAGGAAUGCUUUCCUGGAACAGGAUAUUGCAUUAGAUGCAAGCGUGGAUUUGAAGGCAUUGCCUGUGAAAUGGUUUGCCAGGCGAUGAUAAAAAAAUAUAGCAUAGAAAGACACAACAAUUAUACCGGAUCAUUGGAGGAUCUACACACUUCUAAGGGGGUGACAUUUUUCGGUGAUUACAGAGUAAGCAUCGAUAUGUUCUUGACAGAGGAGUCUAAAAACGUUGCUAGUAUAUCCUUUACUGUACACAAGACAAGCGAUGUCAUGGUCACUACUGUAGAAGGUCGUGACUUCAGAGGACUGGCGUUCAACAGGGUAACCAAAGAAAAAGAGCACUGGGAUAUGACAGUACCUACUAGCAUAUUUUCCACCGCUUAUCUUGUUAGUAUUGGACCGUUAGCUAGGCCUAGCUUCACUCUUUCCAACCUGAGACUUCCUCUUCGAAAAUGCUACAAAAACACAAGAUAGACAACAACGCUUAAACAACCUUACAUGGAGAAAGGACCAAGACAAGGACUUUUACGCCUAU